GCCCGGAAGUGGCGAGGACGGGGUUAGCGCUGCGGGGUGAAAUCGGCUAGCCAGAGAAGAUGCUGCUGGACCUGUCGGAGGAGCACAAGGAGCACCUGGCCUUCCUGCCGCAAGUGGACAGCGCGGUGGUCGCUGAGUUUGGGCGAAUUGCGGUGGAGUUCCUGAGGCGCGGCUCUAACCCCAAGAUCUACGAAGGCGCUGCGAGAAAACUCAGCGUGAGUAGUGACACUGUCCAACAUGGUGUGGAAGGAUUAAUACACCUCCUCACUGAAAGUUCAAAGCUCAUGAUUUCUGAACUGGAUUUCCAAGACUCGGUUUUUGUUCUUGGAUUCUCUGAGGAAUUGAACAAAUUGUUGCUGCAGCUUUAUCUGGACAACAGAAAAGAGGUCAGAACUAUCUUGAGUGAACUGGCACCAGACCUUCCCAGUUACCACAGCCUUGAAUGGCGACUAGAUGUACAGCUUGCAAGCAGAAGCCUCAGGCAACAGAUGAAACCAUCAGUGACUAUAAAGCUGCACCUUAAUCAGAACGGAGAUCACAACACCCAAGUUCUGCAGACAGACCCAGCCACCCUGCUUCAUUUGGUUCAGCAAUUGGAACAAGCCUUGGAAGAAAUGAAAACAAACCACUGUAGGAGAGUUGUGCGCAAUAUCAAGUAGUCCCAACUUGCUUCCUUCCCUUAGAAUCACUUGUGAAUUGAUGAUAUGCAGCAGUUACUUCUCAAAAUAAAUUUUUUAAUUGAUAGUGAUAAAUACAUAGAGAUUUCAUAACAUUUCUUUUCCUGUGUGAAGAUACUGAGGUCAUGAUCAAAGGCUAAGUAAAUUUCCUUUCCUGGUGCUAAAUGUGGUCAGCUUCUUGACAAUUAAGAUGUAUUUUGGGGCUUCCCUGGUGGCGCAGUGGUUGGGAGUCCGCCUGCCGAUGCAGGGGACAUGGGUUCAUGCCCCGGUCCGGGAAGAUCCCACAUGCCGCAGAGCGGCUAGGUCCAUGAGCCAUGGCCGCUGAGCCUGCACGUCCGGAGCCUGUGCUCCACAAUGGGAGAGGCCACGGCCACGACAGUGAGAGACCCGCGUACCGCAAAAAAAAAAAGAUGUAUUUUGUAUUUUAAAUGUGUAAAUAGGAUUGAAUCAACUGGAAGUGAAUCUAUACUGUUCAAAUCCUCUGUAUAUAUAAAUGACUGUACUUUUUUUGAUACUUUUCUGACUACUUAACUUUAUUAUUUUCCUCCUUAUUGGCCUAAAUUUGACAGUAAAGUUCACAAUGUAAUGCUAUUACUAUUCAGAAUAUUCCUAGACAGUUUAAUGUUUGUGACCUUUAAAAGCACCCCAUGAUGUUAACAGCCACAGAAUAGUUGGAAGUGAAUAUAAAUUUUUUUAAUGCUAUAUUUAGGCAGUUCUUGCAUUUUUCUUUGCCUGUGAAUAUAGUAAGUAUUUACCAUGUUGCUUAAGUUUAAGUUGCCAUGGAUAAUAAGCUUAAAUAGUACUCAACUUUGUGUGAAUAUAUUGCAUUUUAUUAAGGACUACUUUUUUUCCCUAUUAUCCAGAGCAUCUAAGAGAUACACUGUCAUUUAUAAACAAUGGAUGCAGACAUAAUGUAAUCAAUUCUGAAUUAUCUGGAUGUAAAUUAUAGUCACUUUUUAUAAUUCUGUUCGAAUAAAGUAUAAAGAGGGCAAA